AUGCUGCGGUACCUGCUGAAGACGCUGCUGCAGAUGAACCUCUUCGCCGAUUCGCUGGGGACCGAGGGCUCCAACUCCUCCGGACUCCUGCCCGGCCCCUACCCCAACGGCACCGGCCCCCCCGGGCCUCCACUCCUUCUGGGCCUCGGCAACGGGUCCCACCCCUUGCUGGAGGACACAGCCCCCCGCAUCAUCCAGCACCCUACGGACCUCCUGGUGUCCCGAGGUGACCCGGCCACCCUACACUGCCGAGCCGAGGGCCGCCCAGCGCCCACUGUCGAGUGGUACAAGGACGGGGAGCGAGUGGGGACGGGGCGGGAGGACCCUCGCUCCCACCGCACCCUCCUGCCGGGGGGGUCCCUCUACCUCCCCCGCACCCUCCCUGGCCGGCGGGGCAGGACCGACGAAGGGGUUUAUGUCUGCGUGGCCAGGAACUACCUGGGGGUGGCCACCAGCCGCAACGCCUCUCUGGAGCUGGCCGUGCUGCGAGAGGAUUUCCGCCAGCCCCCUGGGGACGUGGCGGUGGCUUCGGGUGACCCGGCUGUCCUGGAGUGUGUCCCCCCCCGCGGCCACCCUGAGCCCAGUAUCAGCUGGAAGAAGGAUGGUGCUCGGCUGGGGGACAGGGACAAUGAGCGCCUGACGAUUCGUGGUGGAAAGCUGAUGGUGGCCCCCACGCGCAAGAGUGACACCGGCCUCUAUGUCUGCGUGGCCACCAAUGUGGCCGGGGAGAGGGACAGCGCUCCUGCCCGCCUGCUGGUCCUGGAGCGCCCAGCCUUCAGCCGGCGUCCCCAGGACCAGGCGGUGCUGGUGGGGGUCACAGCCCAGUUCCCCUGCCAGGCUGGGGGGGACCCCCAGCCCGAUGUCCGGUGGCACAAGGAGGAGGGCACCAUGCCAGCUGGGAGGUGGGACAUUCUCCCUGACAACACCCUGAGGCUCCGGGCACUGCGACCAGAGGACAGGGGCACCUACACUUGCACAGCUGACAACGGGGUGGGCCGUGUCCAGGCCUCGGCCACCCUCACUGUGCAUGUGCCACCCCAGCUGGUCACCGGCCCCCGCGACCAGAGUGUCAUCCCUGGGCAGAACGUCACUUUCCCCUGCCGCAGCAGGGGCAACCCACCACCAGCCAUCUUCUGGCAGAAGGAGGGCACCCAGACCCUGUUGUUCCCAGGCCAGCUCCACCUGCCCAGCACCCACCUCUGGGUGUCCUCCACCGGCACCCUCACCAUCACCAACGUCACCCAUGUCGAUGCCGGCUCCUACCUAUGCCAAGCCCUCAGCGUGGCCGGCAGCCUGAUGGCUCGGGCCACCCUCCAGGUGGCCCAGGGUGAGUCCUUGUCCCUCCAGACCUCCCCCACACCCCCUGCACCCAUGGCACCCACUGCCCAUCCACCUGUGACCCACCGGGGUCCCACCAACCGGAGGGUGCCGUGCCGGGGGGUGGGUCACGGGGACCCCCCCACCAAAGGGGGGAUGCAGAAGGAUGGGAGCACCCUGGGCACCACCCAAGCCAGCACCAACCUGCUGGAGAGCAGCACCUUGCAGAGCAGUGAGCUGAGGCAGGUGAUGGACUUGGGGAACUACGAAUGCAUGGCCACCAGCCUGGAGGGUGAGACGCCCUGGGGUGGGUCCCUGGAGGUGCCAGGUGAUGGCUUUAACCUCUCCCCACCAUCUGAAUCUGGGGUUCUUCCUGGGCCGCCCUCCACCCCUGUGAUCACCAACGUGACCGAGAGCAGUGUCACCCUCAGCUGGAAAGGGAACGUGGACAGCAGUGCCACCAAUGUCACCUCCUACGUCGUGGAGGCUUUCAGCCAGGCAGCGGGUGGCCCGUGGCAGACAGUGGCAGCUGACGUGGAGGGGGAGACCCACACAGUGAGUGGCCUCGUCCCCAGCACCGUUUACCUCUUCCUGGUGAGGGCAGCCAAUGCCCAUGGGCUCAGCGACCCCAGCGGCCUCUCAGAGCCCGUGCGCACCCAAGGUGAGACCUGGAGGCACCCCCUGGGUGGGGGUGAGCUAGCGCAGGUGACCGUGCACUUGCAGGACCCCGUGGUGCUGCCACCAGGCACUGUACGCCUCUCCUGGACUGUGGAGCACCCAGCCCCCUUCCUUGCGGGCUACCGGGUGCUGCUGCGUCGGGGUGGCAGCGGGCACUGGGAGGAGGCACGGGCAGCACGGGCGGUGCCGGGGGACCAGGGGGUCCUGCUCACCCACCUGCGCCACGGACAGGACUACCAGGUCAAGGUCCAGCCCUAUUUCCACCACCUCCACGGCCCUGACAGCGCCGUGCGUGCCCUGCGCACCCCGGAGGCAGCCCCCAGCGCCCCACCACGAGCUGUCACUGUGGCUUGGAAUGGCACCAGCGUCCGCAUCUCCUGGCAGCCGCCGCCGGUGGCUGAGCAGAACGGGAUCAUCCGACACUACCAGAUCUGGUGCUUGGGCAAUGAGAGCCGGUUCCACAUCAACCAGAGCGUGGAGGGGACGGUGCUGGCCACCAUACUGCGGGGGCUCGUCCCCGGGGUCCCUUACCACGCACAAGUCGCCGCCGCCACCGGAGCCGGGCUGGGCGCCCGCAGCGCCCCUGUCCCCAUCCCCAUGGCCCCCCCGGCAGAGCGGGACGUGGGACCCGCGGGUGUCCUGAGCGUGGCCCAGCGCUGGGCUGAGGUUGCCCGGCGUCCCGUAUUCAUCGCGGGGGUCGGUGUGGCUGCCUGGCUCCUCCUCGCUGCCUUCGCCGUUUGGCUCUACAGCCGACGCCGGAGGAAGAAGGAGCUGAGCCACUUCACCGCAUCCUUCGCCUACACGCCUGCUGGGGACCCUAUGGGUGCCGCCAGGACCCGCCUUGGCACCUCGCCCCCACCCCUCUCCUCAGUCUCCUUCCCGGCACAUGGUGGCUCCAGGGCAGCGGGUGGUGGGGGUCACCCGUGGCUGGCGGACGCGUGGCACGGUGGUUUGGGAACAGCCGAGAGAUACUACAACGACGCCGGCAUCACCCGGUACAUUGCCCAGACGGAGCUCUUCGGAGCGCGGGGUGAGGAGCCUGGCACCUUUCCCCGCCCCUUCUCACAGCACGGGACCCUCUACCCCACGGGAAGUUCCCAGCCCAUGGAGGUUCCAGUUCCCCACAGCUGGACCGAGCAUGGGGCCAAGGGGACGAAGCUGGGCCAGUCAGUGAAGCCACCAAUAGUGAAUUGGAUGGAGGUGAAGCCACCAGUUGUGAGUUGGACAGAUCUGCUGCCCCCCCCACCCUCAGCCAGUGAGCUCAGCCACUGUGCCCAAGAGGAAGAGGAGGAUGAAGAGGAAGAGGCAGCUGGAGGGUUGGGGAUGGAGCAGUGGUGCCCCGGUGAGGAUGUCCCCUGCACCACCACCCCAUCCUCGCCCACCGUGUCCUCCCCAUCCACUGCCACGCUGACGCCGUCGCCCUGUGCCACCGAGGAUGUCCCCCACCUCCGUGACUUCCACAGCCCCCACCUGCUCCGGACCACCCCCCCUGGUGCUGAGCCCCCCAGCCCAGAUGCCGUUGGGCCUUCCGUGCCCCAAGCCCAACGCCCCCCUGGCAGAGGGACAACCCGUGGGGACACCUCCAAAUGUCGCCCCAAGCCCAAAUGCAGCCGCUACCGCCGGGAGAAGCAGCUGGGGGAGCUGCCACCACCACCAGUGCCACCACCAGGCCAGCCCCCAGGCCACCCUCUGGAGCCCAAUGGGGCCCACCACCACGUCAGCCUUGAUGAGGUUGUCCCCUAUGGCAAAGCCCUUGGCCCACCCUGGGGUCAAGCAUCUGGUGGUGGCUCCACCACUGGCAGUGUCUCAUCCCGUGGCUCCACAAGCUCCCGCGGGCACAGCUCAGGGCACGCCUGGACCCCUGGGGACCAUGGCCAAGGGGCAGGCCACCGCAGCCAGGGGACAGGCCACCGCAGCCAGGGGACAGGCCACCACCGCCAGCCAGGGCCACAGGCACAGGAGAAACGAUGA